AUGAAUAAGAAUUUUAAAUUUAUUAUUUUAAUAUUUUUAAUAGUAUCAAUUUUAUUUAUAAAUUUAAAUAAUUGUCAAGAUAAUGAUAAUGAAGAGGUUGAUAUGAAUGAUAAUAGUAAUAGUGAUGUUAUAAUACUUACAGAUUCAAAUUUUGAAGAUUUGACAACAUCAAAUCCAAAUGAAACUUGGAUGGUAGAAUUUUAUGCACCUUGGUGUUUUCAUUGUAAAAACUUAAAGAAAACAUAUGACCAAUUAUCUACAAAAUUAAAACAACAAGACCCAAAUCUUAAAGUUGCAAAAAUAGAUUGUGUUGCAAAUCCAAAACAAUGUAAAAGAUUCUCAAUUAGAUCAUAUCCAACAAUUAAAGUUAUAAAAGGAAAUUCAGUUUAUGAUAUGAAAGGUGAGAAAACAUUAAAUAGUUUAAAUGAAUUUAUAAAUAAAGGUUAUGAAAAGAGUGUUGAUCAAAUUAAACAAUUACCAGCAUCAAUUAUUCUUAAAGUUGUCGAUCUUACAGAUAAAACAUUCCCAUCAGUAAAUGAUGGGUCAUGGUUAAUUUAUUUUCAUAUUCCAAGAUGUAUUUAUUGUGAAAAAUUUAUGUCAGAAUUUGAUGCAUUGCCAUCAGCAGAUUUCUCAAAAUCAAAUGAAAAAUUUAAUUUUGGAAAAAUUAAUUGUCAAACUUAUAAAGAAAUAUGUGAUUUAUAUAGAGUAGAAUAUUUCCCAAACGUUAAAUUUUUCGAAAAUUCAACAAAUUUAUAUUAUAAUUUCAAUCACGAACCUACUACAUCUAAUUUAAAAGAGUUUGCAAUGUUUUAUUAUAAACAUGUUUCCCCUAUAAAGAGACCAUGGAAUGCAAUGUUUUCUUUAUUUGAAGAGGCAAUUAGAGAGUUUGUUUGGCUAUUCUUAUUGGUAUCGUUUUUAUUUGGUUUCUUUAUUUGUUAUAUUUUUUAUGGAAUGGUACCACCAUCACCACCACCACCACCACCACCACCAUCAACAAUUCAAUCUAAAAAUCAAAUUCAAACUAAAAUGAAAAAGUCUGAGUAA